AUGAUGCCCGGUGGUUAUCCGGUAAGCUAAGAACGAUCAGUUUGACAACAGUUAUGAACGUGUAAUUUUUAUUAAAAAAGUGUUUUCGGAUAAUUUUAGUUGAUUAAUACGACAAGGAAAUCUGCAAUUUGAGCAGUUUCUAUGUACUUUGAAGAUAGGGAGGUGCAAUCAAACUCCAGAAAUAGGAGUGAAUUUGCAAGACGGAAUUGAUGAAGAGUGGAAAAAACAGAUCACUUGGGAUGAAGGGCUGUAAUGUGAAAUCCAAGGGAGGAUCUCUUGUGCAUCAAAGAAUUCUCUGUCUUUUCUCCUUUUCACCCCAUGCCCUUGUGUGUCUACCCUUUCACUCAUACUACAAUAUCAUUACUUCAGCCAUAAGUUCAGAAUUAAUGUAAGGUUGAUGGUUGUUUUCAAUCUGAUGGAAAACCUGAUUGUUUACCCUAAGGAAUUCAUUGGCUAAUUUAUUUAACUCAACUAUCUUAUAUAAACUUUAGUGGCUGAAUUCAUCAUUAAUGGAACACCUCUGGGGAAAAAAAUAAUCCUGGGGUUUUUCCAAUAAAUACAAGUCAUGUAAUUCACUGCUGCCUACCUUUAAUUUCAUCCAAUAAAAAAUAAUUUUAAAAAUUUUCAAUUGCUAUUGUUUUUCGAGACAGGAGACUGAGAGGUUUAAAUUAUAUUGAUUUAAUAUGCCAAACUGAAGGAUCCUGUCACAAAAUAACAACAAAUGAAUGCUAUUUAUUCUAUUCCUUGCAAUGAUUAUGAGAACAAAUACAUCAGACAGACCAACCAUCAGUUUGGUACAUGUUUGAAAGAGCAUCAAAAAGCAGUUUUCUUUUGCAAGAAAGAAAAUUCAGCUUUACUGGAGCACACUUGCUCAACUAACUAUACAAUUGGGUGGGAUAAGUCUAAAAUUAUCACCACUAAUUGGCAUUACCACUAGUACCUUUGUCUGGAAGCUUGGCAUAUUAACUCCACCCACGCUCCUUUAAAUUGUGAUGAUGGCAGCUUGCUUCCUGAUGCCUAUUUAACCUCAUUAGGAAAAAGGCAGCUAAAUAGUGAUUGUGUAAAAGGACCUCUUGUUGUAGUGUUUAGAUCACCCCUGAUGAAGGCACUAGACAGGAGUGUCAAAAUGUUGGAUCUAUGAAUUGUAACUUCUUUGGUUACAUUCAUUAAAUCUGUAAACCAGAGUAGCAUCAAACCAUGUCUGACUGAGGGGUUUGUUUCCAAUUGCAAGCCAAAGGAAACUCUGCAAACAAAGAUCAUACUUAAAGCAGCUGUGAGUCUGAAAGUGAUGCAUGAAUCACAAACAAUAGAAUCAGUCUUGGCUAGGUGAAGGGUUGGAUUGGGAAAGGGUUGGAUCUUAGGAAGGAUUGGGAAAGGGUUGGAUUGGGAAAGGGUUGGAUCUUAGCAAGAAAAUUUAAGAACAAGUGCUUAUUGAAAGUUGAUACACAGGAUACUAUCUUGUAUUGUCUUUGUAGACUCCUGUUGAAAGUGUUCAGUAUUAUGCAAUUUUGGGUGGUUGCCAUUAUUAAAAGUCUUUCUGUGACUUUUUGGAAGCUUUCAAGCAAACUCCAGCAGUAAGACCUAAAACAUCUUGAGAUGUUUUAGAGUUCUUUCAGUCAACUUUUACCUUUAGAAGAAGGUUUUGGUAAAAAAAAUCGAUAAUGUCUUAUCAUAUACCACAUUUCCAGCAAAAAAAAAAAAAAUGAGCACAAAUCAUUCCUUUGCAUCACCUCUAUAUCUGUAGGUGAUGCAGUACAUUUUUACAGCAAUGUGUAUGUAGAGACGUGAACUCAAUGCAUUGUAUUUGUUUAACAGGUAGCAGGAAUACCAAUGAUGCCACCUGGAUAUGGUCCCCCCGGAAUGCCUCCUUUCCAGCCUGUUGCCAUGCCAACUGGUCAGCCAAUGGCUUAUCCCCCAGGUGGCAUGCCUGGAAUGCCUUAUCCUCAACAACUUCCCCAGCAGACUAUGGGACAGCAAGUGACUGGAACAUUUCAGCCAAUACCAAGUAGUGGUUCACCAGUAGUGAUGAGUAAGAAUACUAUUAGCUUUUUAACAACUUUUUGUUGAGUCCUCUACAAAUUGUUUAAAAAAUUGUGUCAGAUCUUCUUGUGUGUUGCUAUUAUAGCAAUAGUGUAUGUAAAUUUAAACCAGUGAAUCAGUUAGUUAACUUUUGAGUGAGCUAUUUUUUUUUUUUUUUUAAGAAAUUUCCUGGUGCUUGUACCAUGUUCUCAAAUCUGUUGAAUUCCAACCUCAACAACCAGCCAAGCUGUCCUACAGUUUUUGUCUAAAGUUUUCUAUAUGAAUGAAAAUAAUUUAUUAGAAUUAUAAUCUGAGGCAGAGUUGUUGAGGUGUUUUGCAUCAUGACUUACACAAUCCAGAGACACAAGUAUUUUAAAGGGUCAAUCAGUGUUUUUUUCCAGCCUCUCAGUGUGCAUGGUUUCAAAUUUGUUUGUUUGUCUGCGAUUUUCUUAGUGCCUGCUGUUGUGAGACCUAUGCAAGUGGCAGCUGAGUCUGGGGGCACCAGCUCCCCUUCAGUAGUCAAACAAAUCCAAGAACAAGAAAAUAAACCUGCCGACAGCCCAACACAAACCAACAAAUCUGAGCAACAACAGAAUGAGAAGGAAGAGGUCAAGAAAGAGAAGAAGAAAGUCAAGAAACCAAAACCUCCAAAGGUACAACUGAAAAAAUAUUAUGUGCAAGGCGUGAAAUUGCGCAGGCACCAAUGUGACUAAAUUUUUCACUUUGACGACCAAAUCCUAAAAGUUAGUCGUCAAAUUGGCGACUAGUAUGUUUCAUCAUAACCUUACCAAGAGAUAUAGUGAAUUAAAAAGAUUUGCAUAGAUAAAUCCGUGGCAAACUUCCUUGUUAAGUUUGUUGCCAAAACGUAGCACAUGCAUCUUGAUCAAUAACUAGACGCCAUCUUGGAUUUAGAUGAGCUUUAACAUUGCAUAUCAUCCAUCCUAGUGUCCACUUUGUCGCACAUUAAAGAUCUUUUCCCUAACUUAAUUUUGGAGGGUCUAUCUAGAACGCUGACAGCAUAAAGAAAGAUUUUGUUUGUCUUUGAAAAUGGCGACCAAAUUUUUUUGAAUUGGCUACUACUUUGAAGAAUUAAGGAGCCAAGUGGCUAUCAGAAAAAAAAAAUUAAUUUCACGCCCUGAUGUGUAGGUUGAUUAUUUCUACAGCCAGGUUACAUUUUAGGAUGAUGGCCACUGUCCCUAGCAAAAGUUAUUAUAAGGUUAAUAAUUCUAUGUAAACUAGAAAGUUACAAUUUGUGACCUCUCAGGGAGAAAGGUAUACUAAUGGCUUUCUGUUAAAUGGGUGAAACGCAUGGCUACUGAACAGGUAACAAACGAGUAACUUGCCCAUUUGAACAGAUGCUAUCAAACAGCUGAAUGGGUUAUCAAGUACUGCGAAACAGCUUGUGUAAAUUUUCAAACAGGUUAUCCAAAUGACUGAACAGCUUGUCAACAUUUCAACGUUUUCAAACAGGUAACCCAAGUGACUGAGUAGCUUGUGAAAAUUAUCAAAUGGGUCACACAAAUGACUGAACAGCUUGUGAAAAUUUUCGAAUGGGUUAACAUAAACAGAUGAACAGGUUUAUGAUUAAUUUUGAACAGCUCAUGAAAAACAAUUGUCAUAAAGGCUGAAGGGUAGGUUAUCACUCUGAACAAAUGGACAGAUCUGGUCUGAUCCAGGUUUUGUUGGAACCUCAUGUUUAAAGAAUGUUCGAAUGGAUGGUCAACUGUUCUGAUGUAACAAAAAUAUUGACUUCCCACAGUUACUAUAAAAUUGCCUGAUGAAGUAUUCAAAUUUGGUAACUGAGACUUAGUUCUGCAUCUUCUAUUAAAAGCAAAACUUGAACAACCCUUGAAGGUCAAGUUGUCAUUAUUUAUUUUUGUUGUGUCAAGUGUUUAUUGCCACUUUAUUACACAAAAGCACGACUGCAACUUUUUUCUAGCAGCUUUGCAUGUUGCCAAAUUGUUCCCUUUAUCUUUUCUUCUGACAGUGAAUUCGAUGCCGUAAACAUCUGGGCAUGAUUCCAUUUCUGGUUUUAAUAUAGUACAAUCUUGUGAUAUUUGCAUAAAGUAGACAUGUGUGACAGGUAAUGCAACACUAUCCAAUCCAUUGUUUCUAAGCGGUCCUAUUGACUAACAAAAGAGUUGAUGGCAAAAAAGAUUUUGUAAUAUUAACACACAAACAGCUAAAGUCUAGGUGUUUGACUGGCUUCUUUUGAAAUGCAUUGUUAACAUACUUGUGUCUUUGGCAUAGAUUCUUUGUCUAAUAAUGAAUAUUAUCGCAUCAACGGUGAAAAAGUGUUUUCCUUUUACACUCGACUCAAGCUCUAAUAAGCCGAAUACUGUAUAGGGAGAAUGCUGGGUAUACAGAAAGCUAAAGUGUUUAUCGUGUGGGGUUGUCUGAGAAAGAUCAGGAAAAAAAUCUGUGAUUGCCUGUGUACACACAGUGUCGAAAUUUGAGCAUGAUGUUAGAUACUCAUUUCUUUCAUUUCGAAAUUUGAGCUAAUGAAGUUGGACAAAUCUUCUAAAUAUUAGAACAGAUGACUGAUGCUGCUUGAAUGGAGUUAUCUUCAAUGAAUGAACCUUUGAACCUUCCAAAUGGAUGAUACAAGUUGUUUGACAGAAAAUAGUCCAAGUCGUUCAAAUGGGCUGAUGUUUUUCAUCACAUGGAUGACCAAUCCAUUUGAACGGGCUGAUGUUUUUGAUGAAUGGAUGACCAAAGCCAUUCAAACGGAUGCAAAUUUUUCUGAACAGCUGACAAACAGGUUGUAAAUGGAAAGCUGUGUGAAAACAGAAAGCGACUGGUGUACGUUUUGCCAUGAGAGGUCUCAUUUUUUUAAGCACUUCUUUUUCAAAUAAAUGCAUAUUUCAUGUUAGAAGUGUCUUCUUCAGCAGUUCAGUUGUCAGUUUUAUUCUGAUCUUAUUAAACUUUUAUGUGGAUUGAAAUGCACCUUGUAGGUCCCACCUGGGGUGAGACAUAUGUUGAUGUGUUGUGACUAGAUAAUGAGUGCUAAAGAUGAAGAAACUAUCUCAAGCCUCCUUUAAACCCAGCAAUAUGUUUUAGCCUCUGGUAGUACAGGUGUUUUAUUUUAAGCACCUUUUACAUAACACAAGCAAUGAAAGUUUAGUGCUACUACAUGUAAGCUGGAGUGGUGUGUUGAUGAGGGCACUUCCUUCCUACUGUGGCUUGGGCUUGACUCCUGGACCUGGUGUCAUUUGUGGAUUGAGUUUGUUUUUGGUUCUUGUCCUUGCUCUAAGAGUUGAUCUACAAGUCCUCUGGGUUUCCAGCCUCCACAUAAUGAAUAUUCUAAAUUCCAAUUUGUCUGGGAAACUGUAGACAAGAAAAGCCACUUUUGUGGAAUAUCUGCAGCUAACUUCCUAGUAUCUCAUAAUAAAACAGUAAAUUGUUAUUUUAGAGAUGUUCUUUCAAUACUGUAAAUUUGAAAUUGUAAGUUCUCUUGAUAUUUGCUAUGACUUGUACGUAGUUCUGAGUGUUGUGUAUGUGAUUACAUUUCAGUGUGUUUGCUUUCUGAAGUGAAGUAACCUCUUGUAAUCUUACAAUUUGCAGAAAAAGACCCCAUGGACAGAACACAAGGCUCCUGAUGGAAGAACAUACUUCUACAAUACAGACACCAAAGUGUCCACAUGGCAAAAGCCAGCAGAACUCAAGACUCCAGGAGAGGUACAUGUAGGGUGUUAAUUUGGAGCAUGUACAUGAACAGUUGUAGUGUAAAACUGCUAGGCAGUGGUAUGGAUGUAUAGGAGCUACAUGCAUGAUGGGAGGCUUGAGGAGGGAAGUUAUUCUCUAGGUGGCAAGGAGGUCAUCUUUGGAAACCAUUCCACAGCACCCCUCCAGGCACCUGUUAUGUUUACAAUUUUUCCAAUCUUAUAUUUUUUUUCUUAGUUUGGUGAUGGAUCUGAGACAAAUUAAAACUAAAACUUGAUAACAUCUAGUUUGACCAAUUUUUGAAUAAACAAAAACCUGAAGUACAGCAUACAUGCACAUGUAUAUAUGAAUGUCUUUUAAGACCAAAAGAAAAUACUUGUACAUGUUUGUUGAAAAUGAAUGUGAAUGAAGUGAAGUGCUUAUUUUUCACUCAGGUAUCAAUUGCCAUACUGCAGUCCCUUAGUCUGUAAAUUUAUAGAUUCGGUUUUGGUUGAUUGUUGACAGUUGAUCCUUUGACAUGUUUCAGGUUCAACUUGACUCCUGUCCUUGGAAAGAGCACAAGUCAGACUCUGGUAGAAUUUAUUAUCACAACAAUGAAACCAAAGAAUCAACUUGGACGAUCCCAAAGGAACUGGCAGAACUUAAGGGUAAGUUUGGCUACAAGGAAUGCACUUAUUGAUAUUUUAACACAAAUAUAUUAGUGGUUAACUUUCAUGGGAAUUUCAAAUGCUUUGUGUUGGAGGAGGUUAUGUACAUUUUUGUUACAGAGCAUGGUGUAAUGUGGUUCUUGUACAUAAUUACUAAUGCUAUUUUUAAUCUUGUGGCAGAAAUAAUAAAACAAGAACAAGAACAAGAAGAGUAAGUAUUUGGUAUGAAUUUCUCAAUGAUGCAAAGUUUGCUUCCUUUACUUGGUUGUUUAGUUAUUUUACUUAAUGAAUAUGUACUUGUUCAUGUAAGGCAUGUUGACACACUUGCAGUAUUUCCAUUUUUGUCAGCUUUGGGUCACAGAGUAAAGAGAUGUUUAUCUUUUUUACAAAGAGUGAAAACCUUAAAAGUACAUGUAUUUCAAGCAUUUUUUCUGAGUUUGUCUGAAAAUCCUAUUCAGUGAUUGCAGGUUUAUAUUUAGUUUUGAAAUCUUCAAUACCAGCUUUCAUGUCUACAUAAAUGAUUUGAACAUGCAUGAAUGACAAAGUUACAAUGUAGGAAUUGGCAAUGACUGGCAAACGUGCAUGUCAACUGUUAUGCAUUCUUUUAUUGUUCAUUAUGAAAAAACUAUUUACAAACCACCUUAGAGGUCAAACAGUUUUCAAAUAUAAGCUGGGCAUAGGAUGCUACAGAGAUAAUAGUUUAAUUGUGAUUACUUUUUUAAACAAUCUAGGGAAGAGGAAGUUUCAGAAGAAGAAGAUGAAGAUGAGAACAAGGAAAGUGAUGAAAAAGAUGGCAAAAAAGCUGAUGAGGGAACUGCCCAAGAUUACCCCAUGGCAAGGUCAGUUAAAGAAGUGUUUCCUCUGUGAGUGAUUUUUAUUUUUGUCGUCAAACGGUUUUUAUUUAUAUUCAACAAGGAGCUAUAAAAUGUGUCAAUAUUUGCAUUAUCAGUCAACUUUGUUGACUGGCAGAGUUAGCGUAUCGAAUGAUGUUGUAUCUGUGUGAUGAUUUAACCAUUCUUCCUUUCUGGACCUCACAACACUAUCAGUUUAAAAACAAACAGCAAAUUAUUUAAGAGUUGAUAAAAUUAGACAUUUGUGAUAAUCCAUUUUGUUUUACUCUGACAUAACAGUGCAGUGAAUGUAAGUGAAACUCCAGCUGUUGCCACUGUGGAGAAGAAAGAGUUUGUUUAUGAAACAAAGGAAGAAGCUAAACAAGCUUUCAAAGAACUCCUGAGAGAAAAGGCAAGUUGAUAUGUUUUCUUGUAAGAAAACAAUAAAAUUAAUGUACAUGUGGUAGUUCAUGUACAUGUGCCAAUAAUCUUUGAGCCUGUUUAAACCUUAAAGAAAUGGGGGUUUAAUUUUGAAGCCAAAAUGGUAAUUUUGCAAUCCGAUGAGGUAGGGUCUUUGUCCUCUCGCAUAAAACAAUGUAAUGUACAUUUUGUACUGUAAUUUAGCAGGCUAUAUUUGUUAUCCAUUCUAUAAUUUCCAAGCAGCAAAGUUAAACAUGCACAUGUUGGCAACAUUAUGCUCUAUUUUAUGUGAAGUACUGAUCUUUGUUAAUACAACCAUGAUUUAAUAUAAAUUUAGUCCUUUUAAUGGGAUGGUUAGGCUAUUAAAGAGCAUUUCUCAAAUUUCAGUUCAUUCAGGACACUGUCUAUGGCAGUAUCCCACUGUGAUAAAUUUUUCUAUUGGACUGUGCUAUGUACAGUAGAGUACAAAUAAUGUGCAAACAAAUUAAAAAUAUCCUGGAUAUUGGACAGUUGGUUAUUCUGUGCAAUGAAAAAACCUGUCUGACACGUUAGUUACUCUUUCAUGAGUUGUUUCAAGGGAGGAAAAAAUGGACAACAUUUUAAAUUAGUUGGAUAAAUAACUUUUUAGAUGUUCUAGUGUGUAGUAUUGCUUAGCAUUUUUACUUGUUGUUAAUUUUUUGACUCACCUUACAGCCUCUUUAACUUGUUAAAAUACCCAGUAAUACUACACACCAAAAAUGUAUCUUCUGUGCAAUAUAUUUAAACUUUGAUACUUAGUAAUGUGGUGUUUUUGACUUUACUCCUAUGGACAGGAGGUUCCAUCUAAUUCCACUUGGGAUAAUGCCAUGAGAAUGAUUGUUAAUGAUCCCAGAUAUGGAGCCCUGAAGAAAAUGAAUGAGAAAAAACAAGCAUUCAAUGAGUAUAAAACAAAAAGGGCCAAUGAGGAAAAGGUAUCUUAUUCUUAACAGUUUCCAAACUACAUUUAUAUUUCAAUGAUAUACAGGAUGUAUAUGCAUUAUUGACUAAGGGUGAAGUCAAUAAGGUGGGAUAUUGGCAGAGUUCUUUUUUUGUGUUUUUAUGGACCAAGACAAAGUCGAGGUCCAUAAAAACAGAAAAAAGAACAAGGCAGCCAGCCAUAUCCAGCCAUCUUGACCAAAAACAUUUGGUCAAUAGAGGAUUUAUUUUAUAGCAAAAAUAUUACGCUCUAUAGAAAAUCAAGAAUGACUUGAUUAUUUGGAGUGUUUGUAGUACAAUAAACCCACAAAAAAAUGCAUAUUUGUUCUUUGUUUUGACUUUCUUUGGCCACUAUUUGUGACUCCUUCUCAACAUCCAAAAAUUCUGUAAAUCAUCUCCAAGCCUUUCUUGGGUGGAAUCAAAGCUGGUAAACUUCAGCAGGCAAGAUAGGCUUGUCUUGCCUGCUCAGAUAGCCAAUGAAAAAACAGGAUUCACUUCAUAUUGCCCACAGUCACUGCUAGUGAUUUGAUAUUAAUAAGUCUUAUUGCUACAUAUAAACAUGAUUUUUAUUUGUGGUUCAGAUGCACACAUAUGUCUAUCACCAGUAACACAAGCUAAGCAUUUUGAUACUUGUGGCUUGAUUUUAGUGUUUGCUAGUAUCCAUGUCAUUUCUAAGCUAAUCAACAUUAGAUGAGCUUGGAGGUCAGUUCCUAAAAGGGUGGUGUUUAGAGCUGGUAGCAAUCAUGCAUGAGGAAUAAGAACUGAUGUACAUACACCUAGCAACCUGCCAAGAAUGUACUGCCAAAGUAGCCCUCACACCAAACUUGCUUGUUAAAUACUUGCCAAAGUGGAAUUUAUUUGGAGAAGGGUAGAGAAAUCAAUAGCUUUUUCAGUAAGCAGAGUACAUGACCUCAGUCACCUGUCAGUGAGGAUGUUAGGGCUAGUUCAAAUCACGAGGUACCCAUUGCAGAAGGCCUAAAGGUUGAGCCUUAUGUAUUGGGGGAUUUAAUUGACGAGCAUCUUCUCAAGGUCAGCCUUAUCCAUUUUACGGUAGCCAUGUUGUAUGUAUUGAGUUGGAGAGAAGUAGUUAGGGAGUAUGGUUAUUGCCCUAAAAUGCAACCCGCCGCUGUGUGGAGGUACCUUAAGAUUACCCUAGACAGCUUGCACUAGAAAUUGGCAAAUCAUUACACUUCAUAGAUACAUGUAGCAUAUCAGUUUAUUAAACACUUUGUUAUUACAAUAUACUAAAUAAAUGAAAAAUUGAUUAAAUCUUUUGCUUGUGUUUCUCAUAGGAGGAACAAAGACAAAAAGCAAAACAGGCUCGUGAAGACUUGCGUAGCUUCUUGGAAAAGCAUCCUAAGAUGCACUCUUCGGUGCGAUGGCGCAGGGCAGGGGAAUUGUUUGAUGGUGAACCAAUGUGGGAGGCUGUACAUGAAAGAGACAGGAAAGAUGUGUUUGAGGAUGUAGUUUUCUUCCUGACAAAGAAGGAAAAGGAAGAGGAGAAGGAACAACGAGCACACAACAGAAAGCUGAUGUUAACAGUGUACAAUUCCAUGCCUGGUAUUACUUACAGGACCACUUGGGCUGAGGUGAGCUUUAUGUUGUCCAGCUAGUAUUUUAUUAUCAUUAUCAAUUUUUUGUUAUAAUUAUUUAAUAAGUAUUUACUUGGGCUUGAUAAAUAUUGUUGAAUAAUUCCCUUAAAUUCAUCCUGGCAAAUAUUCAACAAUAUUCGGUGAGCCUGAGACAAAGAAUAGUUUUAGUAUUUAAUGCAUAGGUGCUUUCUAAUUCUGUUUUAAUAUUCAUCUUGAUAUUGAAACCAUUCUGUUUCAAUUGUUUUGAUUAUUCAUAUCAAGAUAAAGAGCCAGUUUCCACUAGAAUUUGUUAAAUUAAUUUAAUUCAACCAGCAGAAACUUCAUGUCUUUCUUUUGAAGUGUUACUACAAACUUAAUAGCAUUUUUGUGCUCUUUGGAAUUGUGUUUUCUUUAUUUCCUUCAUUGCUUCCUCUGUAAUACUGACAAAAUACGAGGCAGCCAUUCUGAAAUUUAGCACUCCUGCUAUAAUCACCAUGUAUGAGGUGAUUAUAUUGUGAUACUAUGCCAUCUUCUUCCAAUCAGAGUAUGUGCAUCUCUAUGAUCACUGGAGUAAUUGUACUAAAAAUUAAUUUUGUAAUUAUCAGUAUUCAGGUUUUUUUUUUUUUCAGCUGUUUUUUUUAUACUGUUUCAUGAAGGCUUUUAUUCAGCACCUCAGUAGAGCCUCUGCAUUGUGCCUGCUAGUUUUAUCUUUAAGAUAAUUCACUGUGUUUUUUCAUACUCAAAAAGGGCAGAAGAAGUACCAUAAUUUCUGGCUGUUUACCCAUGGGUAAUCUGUUGAUUUUGCAUUAAAUGCAUGCCACUGCGGGUAAUAGGGAGGUGUGGGUUAUGUGACAAUUUUAAAAUCUACUGGUAGUUGAAUUUAAAAAAUUAUCACCUACAUGUGUUUCCACCUCUCAAAUAAAUUUUAUUGUAUUAAGAGUGCCACAAAGCGGCAUGAAACAUGAUCCCGACUUGAGUUUAUUUCACACAUAAUUGGUUGUGUGACGAAAAAAUUGUUAUCAGCACAUGUGAAAACAAAACCUUGAUGGUGACAAAAAUAAUCCAAAGAUAUCCAGCACAUUAGUAACAAAUUUCCAUUUAACACUAGCUUGAGCUAAAGAUCAUUUUCCCAUUUUAAGGGACUUUUUAGGCCCAAUAGAACUGGAGAUAUCUAUUUUUUUCAGAAAUCGCCGACAGUACCUUAUAAUUCAAGUUUUAACACUCACCCAGCUUUCUUUCAACAAAGCAACAUGGCACUGAAUGAUCGCUUGCACAAAAUGUGGCUGCAAAUUUGCAUUCUGUCAAGUAUGAAAUGUUGAGAUUUGGUUAUGGGCCGCUAGUGUUUUUACCGUAUAAUUUUAUCAAUAAAGUACAUGCUAAUAUUGACACAGAAUUGUGCAUGCGUCUGAAUUUCUUUGACCUUUAAACUCGACAAAGAAGCUUUUAAGUUUUUGAAAGUUUGAUCAGACAACUUUUAAAAGACUGAAAUGUAUCACCUUAAUGUCAUGUUUUUGCCACCAAAAAGUUGAAUAACAAAGUGCGGGUUAUCCACCAGUGCGGGUUAUCCACCAGUGCGGGUAAUCUGUUGACUUUUUUUUUUGCCAUAUGCAAUAAUCAGCCGUGCGGGUAAACAGCCGGAAAAUUACAGUAGUUCAUUUCCUCAAUUUGAUAGUCAAAAGAUAAGGACUGGUAGAGUUCUGCUGUAUAUCUUAUUACAAUGCAGGGUAGAACAAUGUAAUAGCUUAUAUUUUCUUUAAUAGUUUCAAUUAGAAUUUGAUUGUAUGCUCUACCUCCAGAAUAUGUACAAUUGUUAAGUUGGAGUGUAGAGGAUAGAAUGUAGCUAAGACAAUGGCAGUCCAGUUUUUUUUAGUCCUGAUUUGAAUGAAUUUCUCUGAACAGGCCUUGCAGAUGCUUAAAGAACACCCAACUUAUAAAGAUGAUGAUGAAAUUCAAGGUAGCAAAACUUGAUUUUUCUGAUUGAGUUGUGCCAUCUUUAAUACGAGAGGCAUGGUAAUGUAAUACCUAAUGGUUUUAAUAUCAUUUGAUGUUCAGACUGUGAAAAAGAAGACAUGUUGAUAUCAUUUGAGGAGCACAUCAGGGCUCUGGAACAAGAGGAAGAAGAGGAGAAACAAAGAGAGAAGAACAGAGUGAAACGACAGCAGAGAAAAAAUAGAGAAGGAUUUCUGGUGAGUUAAUUUGUUUGGAUCAAAUUCCACAUAUUGUUUUGAAUUUAAGAAGAUUGUGUGAAUAGCUGCAUCUACAAUAUCAGGAAAGCUGUUUUCUGUCUCAGGUACUGGUAUUGAGCUGUUUGAAUUGACUGAGGAAGAUUGAAUAUGAGAGAUAGUUUGCUCUGUCACAUUUAACCCAAGUAAACAUACUUAAUGAAACUGUUCCUAAUUUUGAAACAACCACAGUUCUUUAAACAAGAUGUAUUGCUGCUUAUGAAAAUAAUAGUCAUGGUAUACAAUGCAGUUUCUCUUGGGGGGUUUACUUAUAAUGCCAUAUAUACAUAUGAAAUCUUUAUUUCAAAUACUGCAAAAAGAACUCAAAAUGUCAAAAGUAACCCCUACUAUCCUUUUAAUAUAAAAGCUAACUUAAAUUGCCAUUGACAAGAAAUUUUGCCUACAGAGAGUUCUUCCUUUCAUGGUAAUGUGCGAGUUAGUUUCACCCUUUAUGGGCAGUUUUAUGUUAACUGUUUGUGUUCCUGUUCUCAUUAUAUUGGAGAUGAGCUAGCUAGCGUUAUGGUGAGCUAGAGCCUAGGUCAAUAGGUCUGGGUUUGGGCUACUGGACUCUGGAUGAGGGAUCUGGGUUUGAUUCCAAGCCUUGUUCAUGUGUUACAGUCUUUUGCAAGACACUUUGCUGACACAGUGGCUUUCUCCAUCAGGGAGUAUAAAUGGUACUUAUGAACUGCAAGGAUGAUCUGAGGGUAACUUUCCUGCCAAGGAAGGGUACAAAUUCCAUAUUUCUGGUUGCUGCAUGUAACAGCAACCAGGAAAUGCUGUAACAGGAUAUGCCAUCCCUUUUUAUGCUCACUCUGUCUGCUGCAAGUUAGUUGUCUCUAUCUACUUUUACAUGUACUCUCCUUAAAUCCCAUCAUUUAUUGGAAGCAACAAACUGACUGUACUUUUCAUCUUUCAUGUUAGGUGCUGUUAGAUGAGUUGCACAAGAGAGGCAAACUUCACUCCAUGUCGUUAUGGAUUGACUUGUAUCCAACGAUCAGUGCAGAUGUUCGCUUUACAAACAUGUUAGGUCAACCUGGUGAGACCAUUGAUUGCUAUUUCAGUGUACAUUGCAGGAAGCAAAAUGAGGAAUGAAAGAAUGGUCAUUAAAAAUGUUUUAAAACUUCCACAAACAAAUAAUAAAAAAAAAAUAAGAGAGAAACAUUCUAGAAAUUAAGUUUUUACUCAACCGAUUAACCUAAAUGAUUUUGUUGCAUCUGAAUUUAUUCAUACCACUAAUCAUCAAUUCCUUUCUAAUAGGGUCAACUCCUUUAGACCUUUUCAAGUUUUAUGUGGAAGACUUGAAAGCCAGAUUCAGUGAAGAAAAGAAAAUUAUAAAAGAAAUUUUGAAGGUGAGAUCAACAGUCUGCCAAUGGUGAGUGUGAUUAGAGUUGUCUGAAGUCCUUGGUAAACUACUUUACACCCUAACAUCAAUAUGCAUAUUCUCCUUUCUAUUCUCUAAAUAUUUCUUAUGGCACUAAUAAUUUUACAAUUAAGACCUGAAGUUGAUGAUAACUUUCUUAAUUCUUGUGACUUGCAUAUCUGAUUCAGCAGUGAUACUGUAAGUAGAAGUUAGAUACUAGUCUCUCUUUUAAGAGAUAAAAAGUGAACAUUUGUCCUGUCUUUACUUUAUGUUGGUUGAAUAGGGUGGAGGUUAAAAGCUUGAGCUGUGAAAGGCUUUGUCUUUGCUUGACCAAUGGAAAGCGAUUGUCUAGCUUGUUAACAUGUGUAUAGUACUUCAGGAUGGGGUUUGUUGGGGCUCUAUUGAAGCAUUUGUAACAGAGAGCCAUUUUUUGCCUACCCAAGUGACAAAGCAAACAAACUUAAGAUUUAAUUAUUAACUUAUCAAAUGUCCCAUACCUUAAAAGAGUUUUUUGUUGCUGGGUUUUUUUUCUUUUUUUUUUGUUUGUUUUUUGCUCUCAGAAACAAAGAAUUUAGAUUACUAAGAAUAUUUUUAGUUGGGUUCCAAGUACAUGUUCAUGAAGGUAGACCAAAAACAGAUACUUCUUUUCUCGGAAUUACAUUUCUAAUUAAAGAAAAUUGAAUUUCAGGAUCUUGACUUCACAGUUGAUGUUAACACUGGUUUUAGUGAGUUUAAUGACCUUGUCAAACGAGAUCCCAGGAGUGAUACACUGGAUCCUGGAAACAUCAAAAUGUCAUUCAAUCAUGUAAGUUCAAAGCUUUUUAUUUUUACUGCUGCACAAAUCUUGACUAGGAUCUCUGGUUACCCACAACACCUGUAACAAAAUGUUGAGACAUCCUUUGUGGUAAAAGUGUAAAAAAGGAGAUCAUUAUGUCAGCAAUGUUGUGGUCAAAUGUUCAAUGUGUUCAGUAAGAAGGACUCUGAAAAGUUUGCAUAUGGGCCCCAGUCAAUAUGAGCUCUCAUUGUAUGGGCCAAUUGGUUCCUGAGCAAACCUACAUUUUGUUUUUAAUAUUAUAUAUAAUUCUGUGGCAGCUAAUUGAAAAAGCUGAAGCAAGAGAGAAAGAACGAAUGAAAAAGGAAGAAAGAGAGGUAAAGUUUUUUGAAGGCUUGUACUACUAAAUUCUCUAUUUUAACUAAUUUGGUGAAAAAUGACCUAGACAUGUUAUAGAGAAAAUUAAUAUGUAAAAAUUAGGGAAGGCAGCUAUUUCCCUGACAUCCACAAGCUCUAAUUUGGUUUUAACAAUUGAGUUGAAAAUUUAAAUUGACCACUGUAAAGAGUUUAAAGCUGACAUUUUGAGUGUUAGCCCUUCACUCUGAUGACUUAGUUGAAUUACACUAAAUUACCUGUUGUACUCUCCCACCGAUGCAACACCACAGUUUCUUUAGAAACUUACCCUCUGUUUGUUGUUGCCCACUCACUCACCUACACUGACUGUAGGCCUGGAACAGGUGAAAGGUUACUUAGGGCUACCUUUUUUUUUUUUUUUUUACCCUUAGCAAAGAAGACGAGAAAGUUCCUUCAAGCAGCUCCUCAAGUCAUGUACUCCAGUGAUUGAGGCGAAUUCUACUUGGGACGAGGUAAAAAUUAUCUUUUGUUUAAGAGCAAUUGCUUGAUUACCUACAGGGUGUUUCAAAAUUCCAUGCCCUUUUUUGAACAUGGAGAAAAAAACUGCCUUCUAAACUGUUUGUUUUAUGAAACCUAGCAAGUCAAUAACCCAUGUUUUCCAUGGACAAUUUCAGUAGCCAUUAUGUGCCUUUAUGUCAGGUGGCUGUAAUCAGACACUUGUAAUCACCCUGUAAAAGCAGCCAAUCAUACUAAGUCCACUCAGCUAAAUCCACCCAAACACAGAACUGAUUACAAUUACAAUGGCAACAACUUCUUCCCUAAAAAUCUGGGUAAUUUCAAAAAUGGAGGAAUUUUUUACUUCAGACAAUGUUCCUAAGGGAGAUAUUUUUCUCAUUGCCAAUUUUCACUUAUUUCCUCAGCUAUUUUUUUGUUUUUUGAAAUUGCUAUAGUUAUGAUUAAUUAGUAACGGGACUUUGUGUCAGCCCAUUCUGUCUGAAAUUGUACAUGUAACUAUCAUUUUGUACUCCUAUUGUGCAGCCAAUCAAUUCUGUAAAUCACUUGUAUGAUUAUAGACCGGAUUGGACUCCACUUGGUCCUAUUAUCUGAUUUUUUUAGUUUAGACACUAGCAUCCCAUUUUUUUAUUUUAGACGCUAGUUUCUUUUGAUUUUAAACACUUGUGUCCAAUUUUAGAGUUUUAGUUUUAGUUUUAGUUUUAGUUUUAGACACAUCUGAUUUUUAUUUUAGACAUUUGUGUCUGAUCUCUUACUUUGAGCACUAGUGUCCAAUUUUACACACAAGUGUCCAAUUUUUUAUUUUCAACACCAAUGUCUCAUUUUAGACACUACUGUCCAAUUUUAGUCACUAUUGUCCAAAUUUAGACAUACAGUAGUGUCCAAUUUUAGACACUUCAAAAUACUGAUUGCAGAACGUGAAAGUGAGAUGUAGGUUUUAAGAAAAAGGGCACAAACCAUUAAAACACCCUGUAAUAACAGGUCAUAAAAUGAAAGCAAGGAGGAUCAGGGUGUUAACCCUUUAAACCCUGAGAGUGACAAGUAUAAUUAUAAUUUCUCCUUCCAACAUUGCCCCUCAAUCACAUAUUAAGGUCAUGAGAAUAAAGAAAAUGAUCACCAACUAAAGAAGCUCUUGAUUGUUAAACAAGUUCUCCUUGUCAGCACCCUAGUAAAUGUAUAGGGAGCAGUAAGGAGAAUAUGCUUACUGAUGUUAGGGUAUAAAGGAUUAAUCACGUUGCUUUACAGAUUAAGCUUUAACAGUGAAGGGCUUAAGCUUCGUAAACAUGUGUGGAUAAAAUGUGAGGACAUCUAUGUGUGCUGAGCAAAGGGAGCUGUUUUAAAAAUACUAGUUUACUCGACCAGCAUGUAAAAUUUGUAAUAGUGUCAAGAAUAACGGAAAUGUCUUUUUUAAAGGUGAGGGAAAGACUCGAGGAAGAUCCUGCAUUUGCAGCAGUCACAGUGGAAUCUGAACGAAUAAGGCUUUUUAAUGAACACGUUGGUUCGCUUGAGGUAGUUAUAUCACGACAGGUUGGCUUAAGUUAUUCAUCUGAUUUAUCUAACUGGAAUGAUGGGAGAAAUAUCCAAUUGUUACACAGUUUGCGCACUAUUCAUCGCAUAAGCCUGAUUUAUACAUAUAACGUAAGCAUAAGUACAAGCAAACACACACAGACUCAAUGAACCCGCUAAUCACAAAUUUCUUUGGCUGAGAUUGUGCUAUAACUAAAUCUUAUUCUGUCUGGGCGGCUUGCAAAGGAGACUAAGCCCUUUGCGCACGCUCUUCACUUCGCGCUCUGACCGCACUUCACGCCAUCUUCACACUUGGCGUACUGUCUGCGCUCCAUGCUUCAUGUUAUCUUUACGCUUCUUCUUAGUGCUUCGCUUCUUGGGCUGGUCAUUAGUGGUCUACACAUUAUUGUUUCGGUGCUACUGUGGUUGCUUAAUAUGCUUUGCUUGCGUUAUUUGUGUAAGCUUACCUUGUGCACUCGCAGCCUCGUUCAUGUUAGUUUCAUUGAUUGAAACCAGAAUCGUUAUAAUCCACGUGUUUACAUGUAUUAACACAGCCAGUGGAGAAGCUUACAUGAACGCAAUUGUAUCAAUUUUUCAUCUCUUUUGAAAGGAAUUAAAAUCUGCUUGGUUGAGGUUUUCCACACUUUGUCACUUUGUUUUGUAACACACUACUGCUAUUAGAGAGACAUAUUUUUCAUUACUUAUUGCCUCAGGACUUUUCAAUCAAACAACAACACUUAGCAUGGGUAAUACAUCCUGAGAUGUACAUAGGGUGCUAAAUUGAUUUUGUUUGUUUGAAUACGAUUUUACCUAUAACCGAAAGUACCUUUGUGGCAAGGAUGUACACAUACAGACUUGGAAAAUUGUGAAUUGUAAAAAACCCCAAACAUUUCUCAAUUGUCUCAUGCUGGUUCAAGUGACGUCCUUGUUCGUAGCAAUUUUUGGCCUACUUAUUGCUCUUGUAAAUUCAUGUAUUAAUCGUAGCGUCUUUUCCUCGCUUAGUGAUUUUUCCAUAUUAUUGAGAUCAGGCUUUGAUCAACUUCUUACUUGUGACUUGGUUAGGCAUGUACCCAUAAUCAUUCAAAAUCACACAAAAAAACAAAGAAAGCCAAGAAACAUAGGAAAAGGUCAAGAUCUCGAUCGCCCAGUGGGGUAAGUUAUUGCUAAGUGAUUUAUUGAUUGAUUGAUUGAUUGAUUGCUUUGUUGAUUGAUUGAUUGAUUGGCGGACUUGACGGGCUGUGUUACUGACCAAUUAAGUGACUGCUUUAUUAAUGGUUUCCACAAACAACCUAGUCCUAGCGUUUAUGAAGUUAAGAUCCAAAAUUAAAAAUACCUGUAGUUAGGUCACAAGUAAUUAGAAGCACCAGAUGAGACCAUGAAUGAAUUGAGGCUUUUCUUAUUUUGAUUUAGUCUUUUUACAUUUAUAGGAGUCGUCUCAAUCUGAAGAAGAAUUUCCCAAAGAAAAAACAUCGUCACACAAAAAGAAACGUCACAAGCGGUCACGCUCCAAGUCACCAGAAUCCUCUGCUUCCGAAUCAGGUUAGUUCAAUUCUCAAAAACAUGGUUCAGUUUCGGAAUAUGUAGUCACGUAGUCACAGCAAAUGACUUCCUGCUUUGUCAGUCAUAAUUCUAAGUAUUGUUAACUUCGUUGAUUUCAGAACAAGAAAAAGAACCAAGUUCGUCAAAAAAGAAAAAGCAUAAGAAGGUGAGAUUUGAUCUACCUUAUAGACAUCUAUCUUCAUUGAAGUUGACACUCUUUUGACUUGCGUCACAACACACUUGUCCUUCAUGCCUUUUUUUCCGGGAGGUCCUUGUUUUCUUGUAUCUCUUGUCCCAAGAGAACCUAAACAGAGACCUGAACACAGGUUAGCGUAAUCGUUUUUCUUUUACUUGCUUGCCAUUAAUCCUUCGUAUCCUCUCUUUUAGUUACAAUAUUGUAAAAUUUAUUAAAGCCAAAUCAGAGUUUCAAGGGGCCCAAAUUGUAAUGACCAGACCUGUCUUGCCUUGUGGUGAUUCCUCAGAAUAAAAAGUUAUUGAACAAUUUUCUGUAAACUUUCGUUAAAUGUUCAUUACCAAUGUCUAUUUCGAAAAUUGCAGUAAAAAAGAUAGGUCGCCGUGCUUGUUUAGCAGAUAUAAUGGGCCAAACUUGCCCCAUUUAUGCGUGUACUGGCACAAAUCAUGCGCGUCAAUCAUCGGUUCACGUUACAUUUUGCUGUAGCUGGAAGCAAGGGUCUUUAAAGUAACACUUAAAAAAAACUUGAUAGGUAGAAAGUGUCGAGAUUAUGGAACAAUAUGAUGUAUAAUAUGUGGGAAAUCACGCAAAUUUAAACGACAUCGACUCAAAACGUUCCUCGAGUCGUUCCUUUCAAGGUCAUAACUUGCAUCCGCGAGUAGCGGGCUUCGUGCUCGCUUUUAGUUUUAUCUCUUUUUCCCUUCGAAGAAUUUUUUUUAAUUUCCCCAAUUUAAAGGGGAUAAAUUGUACACCAAAAUUAUGCAAAAAAAUAUAGGUCACCGUGCAAGAGCUGAAGACACUCGUUCCUCUUCAACUGGUCCAUGGAUUGUAAAACAAUGCCGUGUUCUCGGAAUGUGCGCGCGCCUAUUCACCUGAUUACGUGAUUUUUAUGCGCAAUAGAGGAUGCGCCGUGCAAUACUGAGGAAUCAUCUUAAUUAGUCCUCACGGCCAAAUCGAGCUUCGAGACACAAGGCCAAUUUGGCGUCUAGGGUCAUUUGGGCUCUUUGCAUCGUAAAUUGUAUUCUUUUGUGUCUUACACGCAUUGAGGAAGCACUGAAGGGUCAUUUACAAACAUAAAAAGUAUAUCAGUGAGGCCAUCCCUUUAGCGUAGAAGUCUGUCGAAUUUUCGUGCCACUUUGUAGGAACUUUUGGUGGAAGGUUAUGGUUUGUUGUGGUUAUUUUAUUCCUGCAAGCUUUCUAAGUGACAAAGUUUUGUUUCAAUGCUUGCUGUUAUCAGCUUUGAUAAUUCUUUUGUUACUCAAAGCUUUAAAACAGUGUCCAUUGUGACAGGAUAUUUCGUUCUUUUGUUUCAGAAAUCAAAGAAGAAGAAACAACGAUCGGUAAGUGCUGAUGAGAGACAGUAAAACGCAGCUAAUGUGAAAAAAUGGUUGGAAAGAGCGAACAGCAUGUUAAUCCUUAACCUCUAAGAGUGACAAGCAUCUAAUUUCUCCCUACAAUACCACUUCUGAAUCAUGCAUUAAGGUCAUGAGAAUAAAGGUAAUGAUCACCAACUAAAGAAGCUCUUGGUUAUAAAACAAAUUCUCCUUAUCAGCACCUUAAGAAAUGUAUGGAGAACAGUAGGGAGAAUAUGCAUUAUGAUGUUAGAGUGUAAAGGGUAAAUCCUUAACCACCUGGUAGAGAAAAGGGUAUCCAUAGUGCUUUGCGAGCGUAGUUGUUUGCUGUCUUUUUCUAUUCUUAACGUCUUCACUAUUCUCCUUGCGUUGUUAAAUUGUUAUUCUUAGCUUGUUUGUUUGUAUUUGUGGCUAGGUUUUGCAGCUUGUGAACUUUUUUAGCUCAUUUCCAUUUAGAUAUCUUGUGUGUUUGGUGCCCUUUUCCUAUCCCGCUCGUGUUUGGGAACAGUUUGAAACACUUCGCGUGCAGAAAGCUUUUUACUAAUCUAGUCAUAAUAACAAUGAUGAGAAUAAGAAAAGAAGAGGUCACAGGUCAAAGACUUGUAGAUUUACGAACACCUUUAUACCGUCUUCAGUUGGAGUUUAUAACGAAUCCUGAUGUAUAAAUCAUGAACUAUAUUUUCCAAUAGACUUAGAGAUAUGAUGCCCUUUUUUAUAACACAUAUUUAGAUCACAUAGAUUAAAUCCAAUUUUGUAAUUCACGUUUUCAAUAUUAUUCAAUUUAUAUAUUUAUUAAUUUUAUUUAAUAUUUUGUGUACACGUAAUUCAGCCCUCCAGCUGCAAGUUGCACUUUUUCAAUAAACAUACAUACAUAUAUACAUGCAUACACACAUACAAAUACACAUUAUCUUGCUAGAAUUACUUCAGAAUAGUGGGCUUUAUGCUUCCCAGACCUAAUUCGAACUUAAUGCGUGACUAGUGCCAAAGCAAGUGAUUCGCAUCAUAAGAGCAAAGGAGGAUUUCCUUUAGGACCAUGGGAUUAUAAAAAAGUAGCGCCUCACCUAUGUAGCCGUUUCUCAAUAAGUCUCUGAACUACCUCUGGCAUGAAUGUGACAUUUUAUGUUUACCCUCUUGCCUUACCAGCCCGACGAAGAAUCUGAGGGUGAAAGGUACAACAGAGAGAAAGAGGACAAGGAGAAGGAGAGGGACAAGGGCCGCCGAGAGCGUGACAAAGUUCGAGAAAAGGAGGCGGACCGUAGCAGGGAAGGAGAAAGAGAACGAGAACGUGAGAGGGAGAAAGAAAGGGACUACAAAGAGAAAGACCGAGACAGGGACAGAGAAAGAGACAAAGAUAGGGAUAGGGAUAGAGAAAAAGAUCUGGAUAAGGAUAGAGAAGCUGACAAAGGAAAGGACAAGUCCAAGAAAUCACAGGAUAAGGUGCUGACACCAUCACCUUAGUUCACUAUUUCUCAGUCUUUACCAUAGGUCAUGCGCAGCUAUCUUGUGAAUCUAACGAGGACUUAAAAGGAGGGAUCGGGAUUGCGUUUUACAAGUACUUCAACAAGCGGACAGUCAAGAUACUUCAAGGGGGAAUCACUCUUGAAGCUGAGAGUUACUCGAGCUUUCAGUCUUUCCAAAUUUUAAGAAUUCCACAGCAAAGUCGCGCGCUUUUUGUGCGACAAAAAAAAAGGGCGACAAGGAAUUUAAAACCGAACAAACCAGAAAACAUUUCUAUAACGAUUUUCGCCACUUCUCCAAGCCUCCCACACCUUUCUUCCCCUUUCUUUUUCUCCUCUGAUUUUGAACUGAGACACGAGUUAGUGGGGGGCCCUUGGGACAAGAUCAAUACAGGUUGUUAACCGGUUAAACGGGUUUGAGAUCCAGACAUUGUUGGUGCCGAGAUAAAUUCUGUUGAAACGGAGAUUUUACUGUAAUUCAAUGGGUGAUUUAUCCCCUCUGAUGACUUGAACAAAACAUGUUUUUGGAGAAGCGUUUUGAACAUCUUUUUUUUUUAAUUGGUAUUAUAUUAUUUGUGAGAUUAUUCAAAGUUAAGAUAAGUUUAUAUUUUCAAUGAAAUGAAUUAUAUUGAGGGCAGUUUAUUGAUGAGUUGUAUUCGUAGCUGCUCGUUGUUCUCCCUCCGACUUGCUUGUAAAAGCUUAUAGACGAAUUAAAAUGUUGUGAAAGUAGUUUUGUGAUCUUUCUUUUCGUAAGUUUCGUUUUGUGUUUGGCAAAUAGUUUGUAGUAAGUCUUUUCACUUAAAAAACUUAUCUCACAGUCAGUUGAGGCUUUUAACAAAGCAUUAAGUUUACGCAUAGUGCUAAUUUGCAGUAUUUUUUCCCAAAAUUUACAUUUGUGUGAGAAAAAACCUUUAGGAGGUCAUUGAAUUGGUUUUUAUGCCUGUAAAGAGUUACAUUUGUCCCUUGUAGUGGAGGUGCGCCAGUAAGAUUGGUUUUCCUUUUGGCGGUGUAUCUUAUUACGUCAUUCAACUGGAUCACUUGGAGAUCACAGCUGAGACCAGGCAUAAUUUGUAGUCAAACGGCAAUUGUGGUGUAUCUUGGCAGUACCUUAAAAAAAUAAACUUGCAAUUAUUUUCAGAAAGACUCAAUUCAGCUAAGUUUGUGUUGCGGCCUGGUUAUUUGAUGAGAACAGUUCAUAAAACUGAGCCUUACUCUGUUAACAUAUGCCUAGCAAUAAGUUUGAAGCAUUUAUAUAGAGUUAAAACAAGCGAUCGGUUUAUUCAACGUUAGGUAAGUGAGAGACUAAGUCUGGUGGACUGAUGGCUGGUUUGCUGUUUUCUCUUCCAGACCGCGUGGGAUACUACCUCGAGUGAGAGCGAAAGUGAACUGGAAAGCAGAAGAAGAGCCCUGCUGAAGCAACUUGGCGCUGAUGGGGACGACCACUAGACUGUGACAACGAAACCAAGUUGAAACGAAAAUAGAACUACGAUUGGUAGUUUGUUUCUCUCCUCCCUCUCCUCUGAGAUGGCGAAUCGAAAUAAUACCUUCUUUAAAGAAAUUUGUUCCUUUAUUGUCAUGCGUUGUUUUCUCUCCUCAAUAUUUAUCCUUUUUUCUUGCUUUAAUGUAUCAUGUCACGUGUUGUCUUUUAAUCCCCUAUUUGAAUUACGAUGCUCAGGUCUGCUCACUUCGAGAUUUACCUCUUGAAAAGUCAUGUAACAUAGGUGUAAAUUAGCAAACGCUUCAUCACAGUAACACCAGUCUACCCCAAGUCGUUAUUCAACGACGUUAAAGAUCUAUAAGAUUUGAACGCUAGUGUUUAUCACAUGACCUUAACGAUGCCGCGUGUGCUUUUUUCGGAGAAGCCAUUUAAAAAAAAAUCAAAUCCUAGUAUGAGAGCCAUAUACGGAAGCGGAACCGUCAAAACCACACAGCCCUUAAUGUGGCCCCGCAAUUAGGAAAAUACAAUGAAAAAGUAGGGAAGAUAAAUGGUGGUCGUUGGAUAAAAUGUGUAUGGACUAUGUCAAGCAAGCAUUACAAGUUGACUUAGUUAGGUUAAGCCUAAUCGCGGCCGGACCCUGUCAAUAAGUUCAUAAUAUUGCAUAUCUUUAAUGUUUAAUCCAGUUUAAAGCAUGCUUUGUUACCUUAAUCGUUUAUUUCAGUUCGUUGGUGAAAAUACUUGGAUAACAAGGAAAUGUACUUCGUAGAGACCGGUGUAAAUGUCACCAUACAUCAUUUGUGGAGACCGUCUCCUCAAAGUAGUUUAAAUACCGUACGACAUUAGUUGGCGAAUGUCCCUGCUCUUCCUGUUAAAUAGUUGUGCUAAUGAUGUACACAAGCAAAGGCUGACUUGUAUGUCACUGAAUUAAAACUCCGUCAGAAAAACUUCCUAUAUCCCUUUUCGUACAAACAUUGCGGGCCAAGAGCAGGUUUGCUCCAUUCGCUCUCACUAAGGGCUAACGCCCAAAACGUCAGCGCUAGAAAAACUUACGGUGGCCAAUUGACAUUAUCAAAUGACACAGAACCGCAGUUUAGAAACCAACCCCUUUGUUUAAUAACAGGUCUGCUCGUUUUGCGCUUUAACCUCUAAGAGUGACUGGCAUCAAAUAUCUUACCGUAUCACCCCUGAAUGAAACAUUGAGAUCAGGAGAAUAAAGGAAAUGAUCACCAA